UAACUACAUAGGUCUCUCCUAUGCCUCACAAUGCUUACAUACUAUACUAUUAGUGUUUCCAUGAGACCCCACAGGGUUACGCUCCUCGACGACUUUUAAGAUGUUCUCUGCCCCUAGCUCAAAUUAUACUUUGUAUAUAAAAAGUACCUUGCAUCAUGUGUCAUACCGGUCAUUGUUCCUCAUCAGAUACCAAAGAAGAUGGUAUACUGUUUCCAGGAAGGCUACCUUACGCACAGCUCUUUUCUUCCCAGGUCCGGACCAGCCAGCCUCCUACCACAGGUUGCCAUUUUGGCUAACGGUUUGUUAGGUCAUGGAGUACAACGCGUAGGAAUGGUGUCUUCAUGGAUCAAUAGCUUUCCAGACAUCGCUGGGAGUGUCUUAGAUGAAAUGGAUAGUGUACUGGGGUUUCGGCUUUCUCGUGUUAUUGCCGAAGGACCGAACUCAGAACUGAACAAGACUGAGAAUUCUCAACCUGCUAUCAUGGCGACAUCGAUAUUGAUCCUUCGAAUCUUAGAACAAAAAUUUGGCUUCGAUACGAAAUCUCGUGUGGAUGUCACCCUUGGUCAUAGCCUGGGGGAGUUCUCUGCACUGGUUACUGGGGGCUAUCUUGAUUUCGGUGACGCUCUAAAGCUAGUCCGACGGCGAGCAGAGAUCAUGGCCCAAUGCACUCGAAAAGCCACCAUGGAAUCUGGCGAGGAUUAUGGAAUGGUGGCACUCGUCUGCGAACCUGAUCAUCUUGACGGUUUGCUCGCAGCAAUCCAUGAAUUCCUGGGCCUUGCAUCAAAUGGUAUGAAAGAUGAUUUAAAUUACGGAAUGCCGCCUAUUGAGAAAGUGAUGGUGGCAAAUAUCAAUUCUAAAAAUCAAAUAGUGUUGAGCGGAAGUAUUGAAAGGAUAAGAACACUUCUUAUCCAACUUCGCCAGUUUGGAGGUCACGAUCCACGUGCAGUGAGAUUGAACAGUGAAAGCCCCUUCCACAGUCCCAUAAUGAUGCCUGCGGCAGAAUAUAUGAUCCGUGCUCUUGACAACAUCAAACUCAACUUCCCAGCACGUAUACCGUGUGUUUCAAAUGUUUCUGGUCUUCCGUUCCGCUCAGAAGAGGAACUAAAGAGGCUACUUUCACAACAGUGUGUUGAUACUGUGCGAUGGUGGGACAGUAUCAGGUAUCUAGACCAAGAGAGGGGUGUAAAGCGUUGGGUUGGCAUUGGGCCGGGGAAAGUCGGCAGGAAUCUGGUUGGAAAGGAGGUCGGUAAGGUAAUGGCCAAAGGAGGUGGUGUUUGGGCAAUCUGUGAUCCUCGCGAGCUUGAAGAUAUCGUCAGGAGUCUCGAACAGACUGAAUUUGAAGCUUCGUGUGAUUAACCCAUUACAGGUACAGGUAUGCUCAGGCUGGUGGAUUCAUUGCUGUCAAUUAAUUAUUUUGAUAGCACUUACACGAACAGCGAUAGUACGGCAAGGGCGACUAAUAUUUUUCAAUUGUCCCAUAAAUUAGUGGUCUCAGAAGUUCAUCUGUGCCAUUGCCAUAAAAAUGAUAGCGACAUCUUGCAAC